GUGCCAAAAGGCAAGGCCAAGAGCAACACCAAAGUGACGAAGGAGCCACGUGGCCAGAGCGAUCAGCCUCCGAGGCGGGUGUCAACAGGGUCGGAGCCAUCCGCCGCUCCAAAGAUGCUGUCGCUUACUUCAAACUCAAGCUUGGAGGCGAGUUCCACAGGAGGCGUAGUCUCAGAGAUACUUCUCGCAGAUGGUCGUGCAAAGAGGGCCUACAACACCUUGAAAGCCAAAGCCGACGAGUACUUGGACACUCUGGGCAAAAUUCAGGUGGAUGAUGCCAUCCCGGAUGCCCACCAGCGAGCAUCUUGGAAAAAUAGCCUGAUGCAAAGGACGGUCCAGUUGAAAACCAUUGUGAAAGGCAGCAAAGACCUCGUCCGCAGAACCUUGAAGAGCGCCAACAAGGACUCUUUCGGGGAGCCGUUGCAGCGACUGGAGCAGAUUGAGGUAGCUGCGCAGUCCCUGGAGAAGUUGUUCAACACCGCCAGCGCAGAUCAGCCAGAUCCAGAGCAGAUGGUCGAGGCUUACGACUCCUGCGGGCAGAGCUUGAUGUCAUUGUUGAAGUCAUUCACGGCCUUGGGCCCAGUUUUCCGAUUGAAGUACAUCUUGGCCAAAGGCAACCUUCAUUGCCUGUACCAAGAGUACGACAAGUUUAGCCGGCUUUUCUUGUGGAGGGGGGAUGAAUUGGAGGAGAUGGAAAGCUUCAGUGGGGUGUUGGGCCAAGACAUGCUGAAGCAGCAUGUCGUAACAGAGGUGGAGAAUCGAGUCAUCCUUGCCUUGCGAGGAGCGCAGCAGCCGGAACUUCAGAGCUUCGCUUCUGCGGGCACGUUGGAUGGAGGCUUGCUUGAGGCCUACUCCCUCUCUGCGGCUUUGAUCGCUUGUGAAGAGGCGGAAGGAACAAACUUCAUCCCGACGGACUUGCUCGGGGACCUUGCCAUGGUGCAGAGCAUCUUGACACUCGGUGCGCAGGACUUGAAGCAUCUUGCAGAGACGACAGCGACGCUGCACAGCUUGCAAGAAAAGCUAGAGUCCAAGGCGGCCGCGGACUCUGAGGAGGCCGACACCAAGUCUUCAGCCAUUCCUCGCUUCUUUGUCCAGCAUGCUGCUGGGAAGAUUCUGAUGGAUGUGGCCUGUGGCCGGGUUGAGGCCGGCAAGAAGGAAACAGAUGCCGAAUGUGCUGUGAGCGCUUUCCAAGAGGCCGUCCAAGCAUUGCCUGUGACACACCCUCGGUUGCUCGACGACAUCUUCGUUCCCGCCAUCGCCAAGUACCAGGCCGCCUUCAAACUGUGCCAGGACUUGAAGAAAAAGCACGGCAAGGACAAGGGCCUGGCGGCCGUUUCCGAAAAGCAGCGUGCGACUUUGGAAAAUGCCAAGACGACCUUCCUUGAGCACGUGGAGAAGAGCAGUGUCACCUACUUGCGGGAACAGUUCCGGCCUGUCCUGUUCUGCGUCUGCGAGGCGUUGGAGAAUGAUGGCAAGGUGUCCCACGGCGAAGCUGAUGCAAAGAGCAUGCACAUGCUGAGCUUGGAGGAGACAUGGCCUUUGGCCAAGCAGACCGCCUUCGUCACGCACACCGUGUGGAAAGACUUGCCUGGGAAGGCAGACUUCUUGGCUCGGUACGAGAAGUUCGUCGGGGCUUUCUGCAACAUGGCAGAAUACUUGUUCCGUCAGCUCCCGUCGUUCCAGCACCUGCCCAAAGCACAGCCCGCGGCCGCUUCCAUGCGGUACUGGGCCAACAAGUUACCGCAAGACCUGCAGGAGUGGGUCGUGGAGAAAGACGCCGUGGAGGUGGCCAACAAGACUUGCUUCCAGCGGUGUGCCGAGCUCUUCCAGGCAGCUUUCUCCGCAGGGUUGACAGCAGUGGCCCAGGUCGUAGCCCAAGCGAAGACGGGGGACACCCCGCUUACCCAGCAGAGCGUGGACGAGCUCCUGAGCAAGCUCCCAUCUGAUCAUGCCCUUCGUGGGUUGUGCGUCGCUUUCUUCCAGGUCGUCCUCUGCAACCCGGCCCAGAAAGACUCGAAAGACAUCGUGGACUUGAAGCUUUGUGCGACAUCCUUGCAGGACAUGGGCUCCAAGCUGCAGGAAGUGAGAGGCAAGUUGUCGAGGGAUGCGACUAUCGCAGACGACCUCAAGUGCAGCCAGCUGGACAGUGUGGACGAUUGGCUAGUGUCCGUCUCCAACAAUGUCUUGACUCGUGUGAAACCGGUUUUGAGUCAGGGCUUGGCCCGGGUGAAAGCGGUUUCAACUGACCUCGGAAAGUUUCUGGAGAAAUUGCGAGACUUCAGCGACGAGGUUGCGUUUCGAGACUCUGGCGUCAAGGUCGUGCAGAAGAUGGCAGGCCUCGUGGCCAAGUUGGAACAAUCUUUGUCUUCAGUGAGAGAGAACCUGGACACGGCAGGGGCUGUGAUGCAGCUGCGGUUUUCAGCCCAGGCCCCCGACUCCGAUCUUUGCGAGAGUUGCAAAGUGGAAGUGCAAAGCGCCCAGCAGGAGCUGGAGAACGGCGGCUUGGCGUCUGCCCGGGCAGGCACUGUCGUGGCCCUCGUCGCCAACCUUUGCCUGCUGCGAAGCCCGGAUCUAUCAAAGCCCUCACCGACGCCCCAAAGUUUGAAGCAACUUGGCGAUGUGGUGACGACGCUGGAGGGGAAGCUCGGCAAGUUCGACGAGAUGGCAAAGAUCGAUGACUAUGAUGAGGCUCUGAAGUCGUUCGGGGAGCGCAUUGUGACCGAAUCCAACACGUUGCUGGCACAGCAGACGCCCGCCAAGGGCAAGAAACGGAAGGCAGAAGAGACCCAGAGUGUGGAGCACAUGGAGGUCUCGGAGGAUGCCGACGACGACAAGAAGAAGAAGACCAAGGAUCCUAAGACUAAGGCCAAGGGCAAGAACGGCGAGGUGCAGCCGAAGCCGAAGAAGGAACCCAAGGCUAAGUCUGUGAUCUGUGCAGGCGGUAUAGGUUGCAAAGCCCAGCAGACUCAGCAGGUCGACAUGCCACCCGAGCCUGAGCGCAAGAAGCCGCGGACCAUAGGCAAAAAGGACUCGUGCGAUGAGCCUGUCCUCAUGGUCGAGGCCUCGCGCCGGGUCGUGGCAGCUGAGCAUAUUCAAGACGGCACCUUGCUCCACCGGCUGGCACUCGAGAACUUGGAAAAGUUCAAGGCUUUGCAGCCGGGUGCACCUUUGGGUUGUGGGCAAGGCCGUCAGGCUCCGCAUCCGAUGGUGUUGACGUGGGCAUCGGCGUGCUCGGGAUCAGAGGGGAUGUACUACGUAGCAGAAGCGAUCAAUGCGGCCUACGCAUGCUCGGAUGUGCCAGUGAAGCUGAAGCACGUCUUUAGUUGCGAGAGUGCAGCUGAGAAGCAGAAGUGGAUCCAGGCUAUCUUGUCUGUGGGCCCUUUGCGCGAGCCCACCUCUGAUUCGUGGCCUCCUCCUCUGGAAGUCUGGGGCGGCGAGGAUGACGGUGGGGAGGGCCAUUGUCUGUUCUCAGACAUCCUAGAGUUGUUUCAAGUGCAAGCAAAGUGCUGCAGGCACAAGAAGGGCUGCGACGUCCCUUCCGUAGACUUACUGGUCGUGGGUACCUCUUGUAAGGAUGUUAGUAAAAUGAACACUGGUGUAGAUCGCUCGGCUCCAGUUUUCAAGCAGGCUUCAAGCCGGGGAGGUUCCGCUCAAACAUUUCAAGGCCUUUUAGGCUACGUCCAAAGUCACCGGCCGCUGUGCAUCGUCUACGAGAACGUGGAUACCAUCAGUGACCAGCCCAGUUCCGCUGAAGAAAGCAAUCUCAAGGUGCUACUUGGGAAGUUCGAGUCGUUAGGGUACGAAGGACAGCCUGUCAUGACAGAUGCAUGUGAGUUUGGCCUGCCGUGCCAUCGCCACAGAGUGUAUGUGUUCCUCGUGAACAAGCGCAGCCCCAAACUUUGCUUGCUUAGCCGACCCCUUGCCGACAUCAUGCAUGUGUUUCGCCAGCUUGUGAGCAGUUGCACUCGUUCGCCACCUUGUUUUUCAGCAGUGCUGUUGCCAAACGACCACCCAGCUGUUAAGCUGAGCUUGGAAGAGCGGCAGGCACGCGCAGAGAAGAGCCAGAGUAGUAAGAGUAAGAGCUCCAAGCAAGGCCCUGACAACUGGGUCAACUUGCACAUGAAGUUCGCAGACUCGCUGCAAGUGAGGUGGGGCUCAGCGCCGGGUUCAGAAUUGCAAAGCAAUCCACAUUUUCAGGUUCUCACCAGGCGUGAGGCCGAUGCUCUCACGUUGUCAGAGGUGGAGUCACCGAAUGCUGGGUUCAGAAACCUGUCGCAAAGUGUCGGUCGCAUUAAUUUCAACAGCUUGCGGGAUGAUGGCACGCAUCUGGGGCCCACUAUGUUGCCAGGGCAGCUCUUGUGGACAACCCUCGCCAAGCCGCAUCGCCUGCUCACCGGAUAUGAGGCGAUGUUAAUGCAGGGCUUCCCCAUCGAAUCCUGCAUAGAAAGGCUUGAUCAGGAAGCGUACGUCGUGAGAGCAUCGCAAGCGACGUCGAAGGAAAAAGCCUUUCCCACAGACGCGCUGCUUCAAGAGCUCGCUGGCAACGCGAUGGCACUGCCAGUCCUCCUGGCUUUCGCUCAGUCAGGUUUGGCGGCCGUGUGGCUGCGGGCCCCCGAGAUGGAGUCCAACGCAUCUUCCGUGGAAGUGGCCUUGGACGCCAUGUUGCUGAUGAGUGGAGGCCUCGGGCCGGGUGCGCUGAGUGCGCCGGAAGAUGAAGACGAAGACGAGGAGUAG